AUGAGGGGAAGACAUGCUCCAGGUACGACUCUCGAGCCGGGGACUGCAAUGAAAGAGUUGAAGAGGGUGGCGAAUACUCGCCGGAGCAGCACACGACCUUUGCCAAGACGGAGAAGGUGGACCCUCGCUACAGGAAGCUUGGAAAGGGCUAUUGCAAGUCUGGUUACUAUGCCGGAUGGAAGGCUGAAGAUGCCAUCAGCCUCGCGGUCUGCGCGGCGAAAUGCGGCACGGAAUCGCAAUGCCACUAUUUUGCCUUCGUGGAAGGAAAGACUUGCUCCAGGUACACAGGCGAUGCCAAGGACUGCAGUGACCGACAAGUUGGUGAUGAUCGAGCUGAUGAACACAUCACCUAUGCCAAGACCCAAGAAACGCAGGCUUUGUAUCAUUUUACGAAGCUUGGGACCGGCUACUGUUCCCUCGGCUAUUAUGCCGGCUGGAUUCCAGCAGAGAGCACACUACAGGGAUGCAAAGCAAAAUGUGAAGCCGAAUCCGGAUGCCGUUUCUUCGCUCUCUACGAGGGGAAGACCUGUUCCAGGUAUGAUUCUAGAGCCGGUGACUGCAGCCAGCGAGUGA